CUCCUGUACCAUCAGCAGCCAGAGCAACUGGCGACUGGGCUGGUCUCUGCCGUGCUGUGCCUCGGUGCUCCUGCCGCGGCGCCGCAGUUGCGCAGGAGUAGGGUGAAAUCCUUUUCCUUCCCCGUCCAAGUUGCCGAUUCCGAGGGGAGCUGACAGUGACGCGUCCCGGCCCAAAGAUCUCCGACAGCGAUGUCAACUCCUCCUCCUCUCCAUACAAAUGCCGGACGCCUCCUGCUACGGUAACUCUCUCUCUCUCUCUCUCUCUCUCUCUCAAACCGAUGCAGCCCACGGGUACUUGCGUUCUCUGAACCUGGUGGGAAGGAGAGAGCAAACCCGGAUUCAGUUUGCGGCGGCGCGGCGCACGCGCCUCUGGUCGGAGCAUCGCUGGUAUUGCCGCGCUGCGACACACAAGUUGCGGAGCUCUACAAGAAGAGGUACCUCGGCGCGCCCGGGUCCAAGAAGUGGAUACUCGCCAUGGACGGCGGCGAGAGGCCGGCGGCGACCCAGAAGAGACCCUUCCCCCCGGAGGGCGAGCUCGUGGAGCUGAUGUGGCAGGACGGCGCCGUCGUGGCGCACUCGCAGGCGCAGCGGGCCUUCGCCGGCGCCGGCAACACGGGCGCGAGCGGCGUCACCGGGGAGGCGCCGGCGGCGUGGCUCCCGGGCGCCGGCGGCGCGCUGGGCGGGGACGUGUACUCGCAGCUCUGGCAGAGCAUCGCGCAGGCCGACGGGCGCGUGGGCGCGGACGCCCGGGCCCGCCCGCCCGCCAGGAGCGGGAACAGCGCCGCCGGGUCGAGCCGGACGGCCGGAGAGGUCGGGUCCAGCUUCUGCGGCAGCAACCUCGUGGCGGCGGCGCUGCACCUGGACGACGACAUCGACGACGUCGCGGCGCCGCCGCCGCCGCCGCCGGACGAGCCGUGCGCGUGCGGGGGCGCGUCCAUGUCCAGCGGCUGGAACAGCAAUGGGCUGCUCAAGAGAAGCAGGGACGAGUUCGAUGGCCGCAGCGAGCAUUUGCAGGACGCCGACUUCGACACCGUCGACGAGACACCGCCGUCGAGGCGGCCGGCGUCCAAGCGCAGGACGCGCGCCGCCGAGGUCCACAACAUGUCGGAGAGGAGGAGAAGGGACCGGAUCAACGAAAAGAUGCGAGCUUUGCAAGAACUGGUGCCCCACUGCAACAAGACCGACAAAGCAUCGAUACUAGAUGAGGCAAUUGAGUACUUGAAGUCCCUCCAAAUGCAAGUUCAGAUCAUGUGGAUGAGUUCUGGGAUGGCGCCGAUGAUGCUCCCAGGUGCUCACCAACUCAUGCCUCCAAUGAGCAUGGGCUUGAAUUCAGCCUGUAUGCCACCGGCGGCGCAAUUCCUCAGUCAGAUUCAAAGAGUACCACCCUUCCUCAGCAACCCGUUGCCGAAUCAGAUUCCUCAGAUCUCACCUGCAGCUACCAGUGCACCCAAUGUAACAAACCAAGUUCAAAGCAACCGCAUGGCCCAGCCGAGAAAUCCAUUUCUUCAUCCUAAUGAUGCAUUGACAUCAACACCUCAGUUGCCUAGUUUAUUUGGCUAUGGACCACAGAUGGCACAAGAGAACGAGAUUCAAGAGUUACUGGCUUGCACUGCUGCUCCAGCUUUGGGUGCCGACCCACAGUCUUCCUCUGAUGGAACAGGAACGUAACACCACCACAGUCCAGUAAUAUGGGGUACAGUGAUCAACAGGCAAGCAGCUAGGGGGUAUGAACAGAAGAAGUCAGAACAAGUGGUCCUACAAGAUUGGAUACUAACAUGCAGUGUGCUGUAAGGCCAUGGGCAGAUCAUGCAACCUUGAGAUUCUUUUGGGAACCUCUGAGCAGCCAACAUGUUUGCGGCGGCACUGUGCCAACACGAUACGAUUCUUAUCUGAAGAAUAGUCUUGGAGACUUGAACAUCACCUUUCUGUUUCUGGAACGAUUUCGUCUACAGGAGACGAACUUGGCAAGGCCAUCAGGAGAUGUGCUCCUGCUGAUGCUUUGGACAUGGAGGUGACAUGCUGGAUUAGGAGCAUCUCAGAAGCACAAGGAUACAAGGAGUCGUGGUUUCCCUCCACUUUUUGCUGAUGUUACACCACUGUUACAUUAUCCCAGAUGAACUCUGCAUCUGGUGAGUUGAGUUCUUGUGGGUCUCUUCCAGCUUUACUUCAGCUACCGAUUCUUCAACUGGACGGCCUCAAGGAACAUGAUAAUGUUUGCACGGUAAGAAUUAUCCUUUGCUGUUAAGGCACAUGGCUGUAAUUAGUAAGAAGCUACUAGAUUUUUAUGCUCAGCCGUAUGAAAUCAAUAUAUGAAUCUGAGCAGAAUUUUCUGAAA